AUGCAAUAUGCAGCCAUAAGCAAGUUCCAUGGCACCGAAGAUACCAUCCUCUUCCCCUCCUGCUUUGAUGCCAACGCAGGGCUCUUCGAGGCUUGCCUGGGCCCGGAGGAUGCUGUGAUCUCGGAUGCGCCGUGCCGGCACGGCUUGACCUUCCGAGCAUCGCCUUGUUGGAUCUGUGAGGAACAGCCACAAAAAUCCAUUUGGUCGCCCCCAAACCUUGAACUCUGA